UACACCAAUGGAUUAUGAUGACAAUGAUUUUCAAGGCCAGAAUCUCCACUUAGCUGGUGAAGGGAGCUCUAAUUUUUCUCCUGUUUUGCGCCCAUAUGCUCUUCCCAAGUUUGAUUUUGAUGACAGCCUCCAGGGGCACCUAAGGUUUGACAGUUUGGUUGAAAACGAGGUUUUUCUUGGUAUCCCAAGUCAGGAAGACAAUCAUUGGAUUGAGGAUUUUUCUCGGGGCAGUAGUGGGAUAGAGUUUAGUCCAAGUGCGGCUGAAUCUUGCUCCAUUUCAAGGCGUAAGAAUGUGUGGUCUGAGGCAACAUCCUCAGAAACUGUUGAAAUGUUAUUAAAAUCUGUUGGGCAGGAAGAUAUGGUCCCUGGAGAAACUAUAAUUGAGGAAGCAGAUGCAGUUGAUGAAUUGGGUAGCUUACCCAAGGAAAUGGAGCCUAAUUUGAAGCAAGAUGAUAGAAUUGAUGAGGUUACAGACUCACAACCUGCAGUACCCCCAGAUGAGUUUGCAGAAAACUUUUCUGGAUUGACCCAGAGUGCUCGAUGCGAGAGACCUGUUGUUGAAUGUACUUCGUUGACUCAAGAGGCAGAACUGUCUGCUUAUGGAAGUUCAAGCGAGUUGGAUCCAAAUGCUGUUAGUGAAAAGGGUGGGUCAUUUGUGAUUCAAGAGAAUUUGGGUAUUGACAGGACAUGCAAUGAUGCAAAGCUAACAAAUGUUGAUAUUUUAGUAACUAAAUCUCUGGUAUCCACAACGCAAGAGGAUUCUGGGAUGCAAAUUAAUAAUGUAGACUCCUCUUUAGAUAAUGUUGUUGGAAGCACGGCGGAGUUGAGUGAUCAGGAAAUCCCCCAUCAGGUAAGUGGUACAACUUUUGAAAACACAAAGGAUUUAUUAAAAGAUACUGAUAAGGGAGUGGAGGAAGACAGUGUUGCUAGUAAAGCAAGCAAUAUGGGUGAUCCUUCUUUGAGGGGAACUGUAGUUGAAUCUUGUACUUACAAUUUGGAUAGUCCUGUUUGUGUUGCGUCAAAGGUGGAAUGUGGAGAAGACCAUGCAUUGGGAACUGGUAUCACUAAUUUGGAGGACCCUUCCAAUUUGGUAACAAAGGGUAGUGAUGCCCUCAAGACAGCUGAAGCUUGCAAUGAGGAUGUAUGCCCCACAAACCCUGAUGAGGGCAUCGAGUGUAAAGUAAUUGUUCAUUCUGAAGGCAAGGAGGUUAGUCAGCAGGAGUCUCUUUUUGGAAGUGAUAGCCAGAUGAAUAGAGGGGCUUCAGUUGGUGGUCCCGAGGCAGUUUUGUUGCCUGUAGUGGAGAAUGAACCUUUUAGACAGGGUGAUGGAAGCAGCGCAAAUCGUUUGGGUGAUCUUGCUAGCUUCACAGCGGCAUGUUCUUUGGGCGAAGUGCUCAAGGGAAAAUCUGGUUUUGAAAACUCAAAAGGAGGCAAUGAUGCUUCUGGAGUCCACCAAAAGGACCUGAAUUCUGUAGAUUCUGACUUGUCACCUGUUCUUGAUGAAUCCAUUCAGAUGUACAAAGAGAAUGCUUUCUCUGAGCAGGAUGAGGCUAGAAACAAUGACAGAGCUGCCCCUUCUCAUGAAAAUAUGAAUGCAAAGGUGUCUGUUGAACCUAGUUAUGUAAAAUGUGAGAUUAUUGGAUCUCUUGACAUUGACAAGACGGUUGGAUCCUUGUCCACUGGUAAAUGUAUCAGAAAAGAUGUAUUUAACUCUGAUGUAUUUGAAUUUGAUAAUAUGUCUGAGAAGAGACCAGCAUUGGAAGAUACUUGCUCGGCAUCCUGCGGCAUUUUGGAUGAUGUGUCCUUACUUUCUGGGAAUGGCAGUAGUGCCAAUGAAGUUAUUGAUCACAGUAAGGAGCAAAAGUCAACCAUUUCUGUUGUAGGGCUUGCACAACUGGAUAAGAAGGAAGAAAUGGAAGUUGAAGUCCCUACAGAAGCAAGUUUAUCAGACCUGAAGGAGUGCUCACAAGUGGCAAGGAAGCUAGGUUCUGUUUCUAAAGGUCUUCUUUUCGAAUUUGAAAAAGGUUCAUCUCAUGAUUGUGCUGCGCAAAUGCUCAGUGAGACAGCUGAUCAGUCAGUGUCCUUGGUGGAGGCUUGUGGUACAGAAAGCCACAGUGAGAAAGCGGUGGUGGCUGAAGAAGUUAAUCAAGUUUGCUCGGAGGCUCUGGAAGUAGAGCCUGUUCCCUGUGAACCUAGUGUAAAAGAGGGUGAUGUUCCUGAAGCAGUAGCUAUCAAACAACAUAAUGAAAUGACGGAAAAAGGUCACAAAGUGGCACCAUUAUAUGCAGCUGAUGCUUCAGCUGACCAUCAAGUGCCCUCUGAUCUUGACCGCCCAUCUGAGUGUGGUGCUAAUCGCAUGCUUGAAGAUGGAGGAAGCUCUGCCGAAUCUGAUAAGCCUAGUUGUGAUUCACCCACUGCUUUUAGUUUCACCGAGCUUUCUCAAAGCGAAAAAAACAAGCAAGAGGGGCUCAAGGGGGUGGUUGCUGAGAAAACUGGUGUGGUUUCCCUGAAUCAGAAAGAAAAUGACUCCUCGAGAGAAGAAAGGGGCUUUACCUUUGAGGUCAGUCCAGCGGUGCAUAUCUCUGAGGGAGAAACUGGCAAGAUUGUGGAGGGAUCACCGUUAACAUCUGCUGCCGGGAAAAUGGAUCCUAAGAUGGUGCAGGAAAUUUCUUGUGGAAGUCCUCAAGCACUUGACGAGGGAAUUGUCAGUGGAAGUGCCAAAGAUACCUCUGAGAGGAAAAGAAGGCGAGCAACUGGAAAGGCAUCUGCAAAAGGCAACUCAAAAAGAGGAAACAAUGCGAAUGAAAUCACCCUUGUGAGACUGUCAGAAAGAGGGACCAAGUCAUCCAAUAGGUCCAAGAGUCCCUCUGGGACCAGCCAGCUUGUGCAAUUCGAAGAGUUGAAGUCCUAUGGGAAUCUUGAACACAGUGGCCCAAAACCAUCUGUUGUCAUCUCUAUUCCAACUUGCAAUCUACCAGAUUUGAACACUUCAGCUCCUUCGUCUGCAUUGUUUCAACAACCUUUCACCGAUUUACAACAAGUGCAAUUGCGAGCGCAAAUAUUUGUUUAUGGAUCUCUUAUACAAGGAGCAGCACCAGAUGAGGCUUGUAUGAUUUCGGCCUUUGGGCCAUCUGAAGGUGGGAGGAGUCUUUGGGAUCCUGCAUGGUGUGCUUGUGUGGAGAGGCUCAAUGGUCAGAAAUCCCAUGCCAACAAUUCUGAACCCCCUGUGCAAUCACAUUCAGGUGCUAGAGUUCCUGAUCAACCAACUAAACAAAGUUCACUGCAAAAUAAAUCUCUUUCUUCAUCUAUUGGUCGAGCUAGCAGCAAGGCUUCUCCACCAACUGUUGUGAAUCCCGUAAUACCCCUUUCGUCACCUCUUUGGAAUGUAUCGACCCCUUAUUCUGAAGGUUUGCAAUCAAGUCGCGGGAUGCUUUUUGAUUACCAUCAGCCUUUAUCUCCCUUGCAUCCUUUUCAGACUGCACCUAUUCGGAAUUUGGCUGGACAUAACUCUUGGAUAUCUCAGGCCCCAUUUCCUGGUCCUUGGGCUACUUCUCCACAAACUUCUGCCUUUGAUUACAGUGCUCGUUUUUCUGCAUUGCCUUUUACAGAAACUGUAAAAUUAACUCCUGUCAAAGACUCUGGCAUAAAGCAUGUGGCACCUUUUUCUGUGGCUCAGACUGGGAAUCCAAGUGUUCUUUCUGGGACCUCUUCUCCACAAGAAGUGAAGAAGGUGACAGUGUCACCUGGGCAACCUUCUACUGAGCCAAAGACUAGAAAGAGGAAAAAGGCUUCUGUUUCUGAGAAUCUGGGCCAGAUCUCUCUGCUUGCUCAAACUCGGUCAGAAUUGAUGUCUACCCCUGUGGCUAGUAAAAAGGUUUCCGUUUGUGAGGGUACUGGACAGAUCUCUUUGCUUGCUCAAACCCAGACAGAAUCAGUAUGUGCUCCUUUUGUUACUGGUCAUUUUUCUACAGCAGUUGCUGUCACAGCUUCUUCAUGCUUUGCAUCUAAAAGCAGUUCCAGUAAAUGUCUUAUAGCUGCAUCUCCUACAUCUUCCACUGAUCAUCCAAAAAAAGAGGAUCAGAAUCUGGAGAAGAGGGUUACAAUUUCAGAGGAGACUUUUACUGAGGUUGAGAAGGCUAAGUUACAAGCAGAGGAUGCUGCUGCUUAUGCUGCUACUGCAGUUAGCCAAUGCAAAGGUGUAUGGAAUCAGUUGGACAAUCAGAAGAAUUCUGGAAUGAUUUCAGAUGUUGAAGCUAAGUUAUCUUCUGCAGCUGUUGCAAUAGCAGCCGCUGCUUCUGUGGCAAAGGCGGCAGCUGCAGCUGCCAAGAUCGCAUCAAAUGCUGCAGCACAAGCAAAACUAAUGGCUGAUGAAGCAUUGGCCCCAAGUGGAACAGGCAAUGCUGUGCAAUCUAAUGCAAUGUCUCAUCUCAAUGUUGUGAAAAAUUUCGGGACAGCUACUCCUGUAUCCAUUUUGAAGAGUGGGGAUGAAAGCACUUCUUCCAGUUCAAUCAUUGUUGCUGCAAGGGAAGCUGCUAGGAGGAGGGUUGAAGCUGCUUCAACUGCCUCAAGGCAUGCAGAAAAUCUUGAUGCUAUAGUAAAAGCUGCUGAACUGGCAGCAGCAGCUGUAUCACAAGCAGGAGCAAUUGUUGCUAUGGGCGACCCUUUGCCUCUGAGGGAGUUGGUAGAGGCGGGUCCAGAGGGCUAUUGGAAAGUUCCCCAGGUAUCUUUUGAUCAAGCAGUGAAAUCAAACAAUGCAUAUAGAGAUCAAGCGAAUGUAAAUAUUGCUGAAGAGGGUCCUAGUAUGUAUGCUAGACAACCUUUCAAUCAGGGGAUGCAGACCACAAACCCUGGUAUGCCACCUCGUCCAAAAGAGGUUUCUAGGGAUUUGAUGGAAAGCAAUGUGAGGUUGGUGGAUGGCAUCUCGGGCUCUGUUACUAGCGGUCAGAGGGAUUCAAGAGGACAAAGGGCUCAUAGAGCUUCCACCUUGGCCAAAACCAUUGGGGUAGUUCCGGAAUCAGAGAGUGGAUUAGGAUCUACUUCUGUAUCUGUUGAGGAUGAAUUUGAAAAUGUGACAGGGACGUUGAAAGAUAACAUCAUCAGGGAGGGUUGUCUUGUUGAGGUUGUCAAAGUAGGUGGUGAUGGUAAACUAGCCUGGUUCCCAGCCAAUGUACUAAGUUUGAAGGAUGGAAAAGCAUUUGUCUGUUACACUGAACUGCACUCAGAUGAAGGGUCAGGGAAGCUAAAGGAAUGGGUACCACUUGAAGGUGAUGGCAAAAAGUCGCCCGGAAUUCGUAUUCCCCACACUAUGACUAGUGUUCGUGUUGACGGAACAAGGAAGAGGCGCAGAGCACCUGCGAGGGAUUAUUCUUGGUCUAUUGGAGAUAGAGUUGAUGUGUUGAUGCAAAAUUGCUGGCGUGAAGGAGUGGUCACAGAAAAGAAUGAGAAAGAUGAAACUACACUGACUGUCCAUUUUCCAGUUGAAGGAGAAACAUCAGUUGUUAGAGUAUGGCAUCUUCGACCAAGUCUUGUGUGGAAGGAUGGGGAAUGGAUUGAUUGGUCUAUUUUAAGAGAGCACUGUUCUGCCCAGGGUGAUACACCACAGGAAAAGAGAUUAAAGCUGGGUAGUCCUGUUGUAGAGGGCAAAGCAAAGGAUAAGAUGUUAAAAAAUAUGGAUCUAGAAGAAUCAGAAAAACAUGAGGAAUCAAGAUUACUACCAUUGGCCAACAAUGAAAAAAUAUUCAAUGUUGGUAUGAAUACUAGAGAUGAGAAUAAGCCUGGCGCACCAAGAACAAUGAGGAGUGGUUUGCAGAAAGAAGGAUCAAGAGUGAUUUUUGGUGUUCCAAAACCUGGAAAGAAAAAGAAAUUUAUGGAAGUAAGCAAACAUUAUGUUACAGACAGGGGUAAUAAGAAUAAUUUGGCAAAUGAUUCAGUUAAGCUUGCAAAAUACCUGAUGCCGCAAGGGUCAGGAUCCCGGGGAUGGAAAAAUAGUUCUAAAAUUGAUGCCAAAGAAAAACAAGCGGCUGAGUUCAGACCGAAGGUUCUUAAGUCAGGAAGACCACUUGGUGUUUCAGGUAGGACAUUACCUCAGAAGGAUAACAUCUUGGCCACCCAAGUAUCUGCUCCAAAUAAUGCCACCAUAACAGAUGUUAUAGUCAAGGAUGCUAUUAGCAAUGAAGAAAGUGAGUCCGGCCAACAGAACCUAAGGGAAUUUAGAUCUUUUUCUAGCACUGAGGAGGCAACUGAAGGCCCAAUUUUAUUUUCUUCGGCAGCUCUUCCACCUGAUGCUCCAUUUAAAAAAGUGUCCACUUCAAAUGCCAAAUCUGAGCGACAGAACAAAGGAAACCUUGCACCAGGUGGUGGCAAGUCGGGUAAAGUUGAAGCGAAGGACAAAUUAGUUCCUGAAGUUGCUGAGCCCCGUAGAUCUAAUCGCAGAAUUCAGCCAACGUCAAGGCUACUAGAAGGAUUGCAAAGCUCUCUGAUCAUCUCAAAAAUUCCUGCUGCUUCACAUGACAGAAGUCAGAAAAGCCAGAACAGGGGUACUUCUAAAGGGAAUAGUCAUGAUUGA